AUGAAUUUUGAUGCCAGAACAUAUCUCGAUCAUCGCCAGCUGUCGAUAUCUGAUGGUAGGUUGUCUCUUACUCUUUCCCGCCGAACUAUGGGACAUUCGACUCGGAGGAGAUCUCGUAGCUCAUCAUCCAGGCAGCAUGUGGCUACACAACGUUGGCUUUCCAAGCCAGGAGUUCGAGAAGCCCAAAACGCCAAAGCUCGUGCUCGAGUAGCUCUCAAUAGGGCAAGGAAGAAUAAAAAACUCGCUGAAGAGCAAAAGGCACCUGUCACAUCAUCGCUACUUGAUGAUGGCUGCGAAGACCCACAGUCAGCGUGUGAAGAACUGUCCCGCAAUGACAGUUGGGACGCCCGCGAUGACAGUUGGGACGCCAACGAUGAUUCAGUGCUCACGAUGGAAAACGAUCUGCCCUGCACCUGCAACCCUCAAACGCUGGAUAACAUUGAGAUUCAGGUCCGGAUGUGGCGAAUGGAAUGGUUAUUAUCAGCAGAAGACACGUGGGGUGAAGCAUAUGAGGAAGCGCUCGCGCAUGCUGAGGCGAAGGGGGGACAUGAGGCUAAUAUUUUCUUGGAUCAAUGUGCGCAGCAUGUUUCAGAGGGGAGGAUGAUUUUGGAUAGUAUCCGGGAGGUUGUACACACCAACUGCCCUUAUUGCAGGCAGCGCCUCAAGUACGACAGCAUUCUAUUGUACGAUUUGCUCGUCUCCCUGAUGUCAGAGAUAAAAUUCAUCGAGGUUAAACUAGAUACAUCGAUACUGUAG